AUGAGCCAUCCCGUCAUCAAGCGCUGGCACCAGCGGCUGCACGGAAACAUAGCGGUCUCACCGGCAGCCCGCAAUUAUGUAAACUCUACCUUCCCGGGUAACUACGAAAUCAUCCCAAAUGGGAUAGACGUCGACCAUUUUUCGCAACAGGCGGAACCCUGGCCACAGUAUCAGGACGGGAAGACCAACAUCAUCUUUGUUGGAAGACUGGAAAAACGGAAGGGCCUCCGCUACCUGUUGGAGGCCUUUGGACGGCUCAGGUGGGACAUCCCGGACUUGCGCCUGCUGGUGGUCGGUCCGGGCAAUCCCGACAAGGAUUCCUACCACGUGCUGAGCUCCCAGAACCUGCACGAGGUGGAGUUCGUGGCCGGCUUCGGUAUUGUGCUGCUGGAAGCCAUGGCCGCAGGGAAGCCCGUCGUGGCCUCCGACAUUGAAGGCUACCGGGGCGUGCUCACUCACGGGGACGAGGGCCUGCUUUUUGGCAACAAGAAUGUGGAUUCGCUGGCAGACGCUCUGGAGACCCUGAUACGAAAUCCGGAGCUUCGCAACCGGAUGGGCCAGCGGGGCCGCGCCACGGCGGAAAAGCACAGGUGGCAGUCCAUGGCGCUGCUGGGCAGAGAACAGCUUAGGGGAGCAGUCCGCAGCUACUUCGAGGAACCCGGCGCGAGGCUGUUCAAAUCAGUUGGCUUUACCCCCAAUGCCAUAACUCUUCUGGGCUUCGCUGUCUGCGUGGUUUCCGGAGUCCUCGUCGCAUCCGGCUGGCUGGUGUGGGGCGGAGUGAUCUUUCUCGCCGGUGGGAUCCUGGACCUGUUCGACGGUGCCCUCGCCCGCAUGACUGGCCAGGACUCCCCCUUCGGCGCCCUCUUGGACUCGGUGUUCGACCGCCUUGGAGAGGCGGCCCUUUUCGUUGGUCUGGGAGUCUACGCCCUUCGCGCCGAUGAGUCGGAGGAAUACCGCGCAUAUUUCCUUGUAGCCCUGCUUCUCGCGCUAAUAUUCUCCCAGGGAGUGAGCUACCUGCGGGCCCGUGGCGAAGGUCUGGGCGUUUUCACCCGUGCAGGCCUGAUGACACGCACGGAACGGGUCGCCUUGCUGGGCAUAGGAUUGCUCCUGGGCUGGAUUCCGUGGGUGCUGAUGGGCAUCCUGGUCGCCAUAGCCGCAGUAUCGUGCUUUACCCUCUUCCAGCGAAUGUUCACCAUCCGCAGCAUGCUGAACAAGGGCAGCUAG